AUGGAGGACGAAAUAAAAACUGGUGAAAUAAAGAGAAUAGAUUUAGAUGAUGUUUUAGUAAAUGAGUUGGGUCAAUUUGGACCCUUUCAGCUUCGUUACAUGGUCCUUGUAUCGAUUCCGCUUAUUAUGUCCGCCUUUAUGAGUGAAUAUAUUUUCUCAGCCGCAGCAAUCCCUCACAGAUGUCGUGUCCCAGAAUGUGGUGAAGAUUCGAAAUUAGUCCGGUUUGACCCCGAUUGGCUAACGAAUGCCAUGCCCGAGAGGACAUCAGCCUCCACCUGCGAUCGUUACCGGCCAAGAGAUAUUAGUGUUAACAUCUCUUUAGAUUACUGUCCCGCAGACCUCUUCGACUCGUCAGUCCUUGUUGGAUGUGAUAGUUUUGUCUAUGCACGGGACAACUCAGUUGUCUAUGAUUUUGACCUCGGUUGUCAGGAGUUCCUGCGAGUAUUAGCGGGGACGCUUAAUAGUGUAGGAACUUUACUUGUGUUACCGAUAACUGGAUAUGUGUCCGAUAGGUUUGGGCGGAGAGUAGCGUUGAUCAUAAGUGUAUUUAAUUUGGCAUUAAUCGGUCUAAUACGAGCUUUUUCAGUAAACUACAAUAUGUACUUGGCCCUUCAAAUUCUACAAACUACACUUGGAGCUGGUACCUUCAGUUCAGCGUAUGUCUUUGCCGCUGAGCUGGUUGGGCCCAAAUGGAGAGUGGUAGCGAGUGCAACAGCAACGUCUAUGUUCGCAACUGGACAAGUGAUUUUAGGUGGAGUAGCUUGGCUUAUUCAGCCUUGGCGCUACAUGAUUAUGGCCCUCCAUAUUCCCUGCUUCCUCAUUAUCUCCUAUUACUGGAUUUUGUCUGAGAGCAUCAGAUGGCUUCUAUCUAAGCAAAGGUUCGAAGAAGCUAGAACGGUAUUGGAAAAUAUUGCGAGAGUGAACAAAACACAGAUCAGUGAAAAGUCCAUGCAAGGAUUGUUGAUGCCGCCCGCUGUCACUGCGGAAUCAGCGAAGCAAAACAAGGAUGGCCUUCUAAAAACAAUAUUUAAGUCGAAAAUCUUAUUACGCCGAGUCUGCACCACCCCCAUUUGGUGGAUCACCACAACCUUCGUCUACUACGGUCUCUCUAUCAACUCCACCAGUCUCUCUGACACAAUCUAUCUGAACUACAUAUUGACCGUUGCCAUCGAGAUUCCAGGAUUCUACACGGCGGUUUUCAUUUUGGACAGGAUUGGACGGAAACCCACCCUGUCCGCUGGGUUCUUCUUCAGCGCCGCUUGUAAUAUAGCUUUUGUGUUUAUUCCCUCAGAUCUAAGCGUGGUCCGUCUGGUGGUAUACCUCGCGGGUAAAUUCGGUAUCUCGCUGGUGUUCACGUCUCUGUACCUCUACACAUCAGAGCUGUACCCCACAGAAUUUCGACACACGUUACUGGCUUUCUCCUCCAUGAUUGGCAGAAUUGGGUCAAUCACAGCACCGCUCACACCUGUACUUAUGGACUAUUGGCACGGCAUUCCGUCAAUGAUGUUCGGUGGCAUGGCUAUACUAUCUGGUCUACUGAUUUUCACUCAGCCCGAAACAUUGGGCACAAAAAUGCCUGAUACUCUUGCUGAUGCAGAAGCCAUUGGAAGGGACAAGAAAUGA